GUUAUCGUAUCGUCGCGUUUGCACGUUCCUUUAAGUGGUGCUAUACUGAUGGAAUUUACCAAAGAUUUGAAUUACGCGAUCGGCUGGAACCGAUUAAAUCUUCAAAUCCUCGGUGUAUGGCCGGACUCCGAUAGAUUGGAAAAAAAUGUAAUCUUUACGAAAUAUCGUUGGAUAGUUCACUUAUUUAUCAUGCUAGGAUUUAUAGUCUUACCACAAUCAGCAUAUUUAAUGAUAAUCUGGGGUGAUCUUGAUUUAAUGACGGAGGAUUUAGCAACUGCAAAUGUUCCUGUCACUAUGGCUUGUUUCAAACUCUUCAUCAUUUAUUAUCACUUGAAAUCAUUACAUCCACUUUUGAGUGCUUUCUUCGACGAUUGGAAUAGAUCAAAAAGUCAAGAGGAAAGAUCGAUUAUGUUGAACAAUGCUAGAAAAGCUAGAAUGAUAUCAAUGUUGUGUACAGUGAUGAUACAGAUUAUGACAACGACAUACAUACUUUUACGUAUCACUAUGAUAUUGCAAAUGCAAAGAGAUCAAAUGGAACCGGAUCGUACACUCAUUUGUCCAGCUUAUUUUCCUUACGACGUUAGAAGAUCAUCGGUGUUUUUUUUAACGUGUCUUGGACAAAUAUUAGCUGCAUACAGUGCUACGAUUUCUUAUACGGGAGUUGACAGUUUCAUAUCAAUGUUGGUACUUCACGUUUGUUCACAAAUUUCCAAUUUAAGGUUAACGCUUAAAACAUUAGUGGAUGAAAGAAACACGAAAGAUAAAGAGACCGAUAAUUUUCUCGAAAAAUUAACGUUGAUCGUUAAAAGACACGAACAUCUCAAUUGGUUCGCACAAACGAUCGAAAAAUCAUUCAACAUUUUGAUGCUCGUACAAAUCCUAACUUGCACCAUGCAAGUGUGUUUUCAAAGUUAUCAAGUCAAGGCAAUAUUAGGACAAAAAAAUGGCGAGUUUCCUACAGUUCAAUUAAGUUUUUUAGUAUUAUUCGUGGCCGUUACUUUAACACAUCUAUACAUUUAUUGUUACGUCGGUGAAAUGCUUAUUGUUCAGAGCUCAGGUAUGAGCGAAUCGGCUUACGAAUCUAAAUGGUGCAACUUGUCUCCGAAAGAAGCUAGGAAUCUUCUUUUCGUGAUGCACCGAUCAACCAUUCCACUUCGUUUGACCGCUGGAAAAUUUAGCACGUUCUCCAUGAAAACAUUUAGCGAGGUAAACAUACAACGAGAAAGGAAUUCUAAUUUAUCUAAAUUAUUUUCUAAUAUCUUUUUUUUUUGUAGAUCCUCGGUCGGACUAACUCUCGCGUGUGCUAAUCUAUCGAAAAAAUUUGACAAUUUUUACCUUUAUCGAAGUUUUGUAUGCCGAACAAAUAUGGAUUAUGCUAUUGGUUGGAAUCGUUUCAAUUUGUCGGUAUUAGGAGUUUGGCCAGAACCUUCUAAAACAACUUUUCUAUGGCGUAUAAUAUCAGCCAUUAUAUUUUGGACGAGUACUACUGUGACAUUUUUAUUCAUAUGUGCACCACAAACGGCAGAUUUGAUUUUAAAUUCAACCAGUUUGGACGAAGCUAUAGAAAAUUUAUCCAUCAACAUACCAAUCGUAUUUGCCUUGAUCAAACAAAUCGUUUUACGAUAUCACGGUAAAGCAUUUAUAUCACUUCAAACGUACGCAAACAUGGCUAGUGCAUCCGAGGUAGAUCUAGGUGGACUUUUGCAUCCUGCAACUUUUCCAUACGACACUAAGAAAAGUCCUUACUUCGAGAUCACUUGGAUGGGACAAUUUAUGGGAACAGUUUUAACUGCUAUAUGUUAUUCUUGCUUCGAUACAUUUCUCGCUGUUUUUGUCUUACAUUUGUGCGGACAAUUGUCGGUUUUACAAUUGAAUUUAAAAGAAUUGUCGGAUGUCGCAAAACGUGACAUAACUUUGUUUCAAAGUAAACUUGGAUUCAUUGUCAACCGGCACGAACAAUUAUAUAAAUUUGCUAUAAUAGUUGAAGAUUGUUUCAAUCUUACCCUACUCGGACAAACUUUAAUUUCCACAGCUAUGUUUUGUCUGACUGGAUAUCGUAUGAUAACGUCGAUGGGAUCGCAGGAACAGGAAUUGCCAAUAGUUGGGCUGAUAUUUUUUGUAAUCCACGUAAUAUACACUAUGUUGCAUUUAUACAUCUAUUGCUACGUUGGUGAAACACUUUUAGUCGAGAGCACUGGAAUAGCUUUCUCCGCUUACGAUUGCGAAUGGUAUGACUUGCCACCUAAAAAGGCAAUGUGUCUGAUGAUAGUAAUUUGUCGUGCAAGAAUAGCCUUUCAAAUCACGGCUGGAAAAUUUAGUCCAUUUUCUUUAGAGUUGUUUGGUGCUAUCAUGAAAACAUCUGCCGGAUAUUUAUCCGUAUUACUAGCUAUGAAAGAUCGUCUAAUUGAAGAAUAAUGAUUCAUACUAUAUGA